GUCGGCGAGUAUUCAUGGUAUUGCUGCAGCGUAGAUUGACCUCUUUCGCCAGUCAUUCUCCACUUCAUUUUAUCGGACAGGUCAGCUCAUUGAAGAUGCGAAGUGCUGAUCGUGGCACUUUGAGUUUGAGUGUGAAAGUCGCCGUUUGCGGCCAAGGUGCGAACUUCGCUUUCUGCCUCUAAUUCUGGAGUCUGGGUCUACUAGAUCUAGACUUCGGUCGCGUCUGAAGGAGCUGUAUUUUCACACUGCGGAACAUCGAUUUCGCGGUGGUGGACAUUGGAUGUGGCUAGGUCGGUGGCCUACGUAACUCGUUCGUAGUUUGUGCAGACUUCGCUCGCUUGGAAACAGGCGACGUCGAGGAUUUCGUUCUCGGCCGCGGAAAGAGCAGGAGUGCAAGCGCGCACUGGAAGAUCCAACGUUUGGCCCAGGUGUGAGCUCAGCAGACAGCUUGAGAGUAGCAAUAAUUAUUCAAGUAUUAGUUAGUUCAGGGCCACGCGUGCAACGGGAAGUACUACAGUACGACUAUUUGCGCUUGUGUCGAGCUCGAGUGGAGCGUCAACCACUGAGCAACAGCCGGUAGCCGAAGAACAGCUGAUUGCACCUGGUCAGUCGUCACUCGUGUCCGUCCGCACGCACAACCUCAAUAAAAAAGUGAGCGGAAGGUCGGACAAGAGCAGCGCGUUUAGUAGUACUGUCGGGCAAGGGUUACUCACCAAAUCUACGUGAACUCUCAAAGGCUUGUGGCAGUCGACGAUAACAUCGAUUCCCGGAACGCAGGAUUUCGCCUUUGUGUCUGCACAGCGCUAGCGGGAGUUUUAGCGUGACACCCUCAUCUGCAUUGCAAAACCGCCUCACGGCCCACGCGGUGGCGGCCAAUGCACCGCUAACACUUACGUUACGUCGAGAGUAGUGUGAUAGCGAAGCGUCUUAUAACAACUUUCAGCCCCUAUCCGUAUUGCGAUCGGAGGAGGCCACUACACGCGGUGCUGAAUCAGCUGAGCGGUGGUCAUUGAAACUGGCUCUCCCAUGACGUCGAUAAAACGGCAGAGUGAGGUUCGACUGACCACAGCCGACCAGUUGGUUGUGAUCUCGCAGCAGCCUGGGAACGAGAGAUGUGCAGAUUGCGGUGCGCUUGAGCCGGACUGGUCUUCCACCAAUCUCGGUAUACUGCUGUGUAUAAACUGUUGCGGUGUGCAUCGCAAGAUCGGCACCCACAUCUCACAGGUCAAGUCCAUCAAGCUGGACGACAGGUCCUGGACACAGCCCAUGAUUGAGAAUAUUCUUGCCAUUGGCAACACAAUCUCCAACGCGAAGUACUGCUAUCGGGUUCCCAUCGCCUACAAGAGACCGAGUGAAGACGAGCGGACUGAUCCUGUGCUACGCGAGGAGUGGAUCCGGGCGAAGUACGAGAGGCAGGAGUUUGUGGAGGAGGCAAGACCUGAACUGGACUACCUGUCAGGUAAGAAGUCUGGCAUCCUCUUCAAGAAGGGCAAAGGCAACAAGGACUGGAAAGCACGCUGGUUUGUUCUGGACGUCGGCACGGGAAACAUCAAAUACUACAAGUCCAGAAGCUCAGAUCAACCCCUGGGUGUGCUGUCCAUUGCCAACAUGAACGCAUGCCUGGCCUCCGUGUUCACCAACCACCCGCACAGCAUGCAGAUCGCCGUGCCCGACACUCCCGUCUCGUCCGGCAGAACCAGGAACAUCUUCGUGUACAGCGAGAAAGGCAGGGAUAUAAUUGAGUGGCUGGUCGCAAUCCGCCAUGCCAGGCAGGAGUUUCUCAAGCUCUCAGCCGGUGAUAUGCUGACUAAGGACUUCAGCAAAGCCGGAUACUUACAGAAGACUGGACCCAAUGCAUCGCAUGGCUGGAAGAAGCGCUGGUUUGUACUGGACGGUAGGAAACUCCGCUACUACGGACAUCCACUGGAUCCGUUCGAGCUGCACGAGAUCAACAUUGGUCACAACUCGGAGGGCUAUGACAUCAUCGAUGGCAUCACAGACGGACGGCGGAAGGCGCCUCAGUACGGCCUGACACUGAAGACACCAGGUCGUGACUUCUACCUCAACGCUAUGUCCAUACCGGAGUUUGAGUCGUGGAUGGAGGCCAUACGGACGGUUAUCAUGACGGAAGAUGAUUUGGUGGAUUGACACCAAAAUCCCUGUCUCAGAUACCUCAACGCUAUGUCCAUACGGAGUUUGAGUCGAGGAUAGCGGAUAUGAAGACUGUUAUCAUGACUGAAGAUAAUUCUGUGCAUUGAUACAGCACACCCCAGUCAUAGUACAGAGCAAAACAUGACUGAGAAGACCGGGGCUUGAGAAUGGUACAUGACGUAAAUAUAAAUAGGUGCUAAUGUAUUCCGUCACGUAUCCCUCCCCCCCCCCCCCCCACUAACGUCUAUUUCUAGGUUCUGUCCAGCGAGUGGCCGCUAUUAACGCUGAUGCGUGCGUGUGUGUAUGUGCGAUCGAGCUGGCGUGUAUGCACUCUCCGAAGCACAUUCUGUGGACUAGAGGGCGAGCACCGAUUCGGUUUACGAACCAUGUACAGCUGUCUCAGUUGGCCUUUUCUUUUCCUUCACCAACCCCAUCACUACGUGUACGUCUGCUGAGCAAUAUGGCUUGGCAGCAUUCCCGGAUAACAGACAGAUGCCUAUCUGAAAAGGAGAUAUUAAUUUUUCUGAAUCGGAACUGAAUACACCCUAUUUACUUCAAGUUCAUUAUGAUUAAGGUAAUGUACUAAACAUGCAGCAUAGUGGUGCUCUUUGCAUUUUAUUAAAGUUGAAUUUUCUGACUCAGAGCUUCCGGAUCAUAUUGAUUAUGUACAACAUUCCAUAACCCCAUUUUGCGAGGCCUAUCUAUUUUGAGAUUGGCAUUACUUUAAUAAAAUGACCUGAUGUACGUUAGA